CCGCCAAGAUUUCUUCGAGCGAUCCAGUGGACCAUCAUUUUUUCCAUUCUUUAUUCUUUUCUGUCAGCAACUCAACUCACACAAAAACCGAGUCUCCUCAUUGGGAAGGAAGAACCCUCUACACGUACUUGACUACUCUACUAUUAAUAGCGAGCAAACCCAAAAGAUGAUGAUGGAUGAAAGUUCCGGUCGCCGUGGAAUGGACAGAUCGUUGAGGGAGGAAUACGAUGAUGAAGUGGAAAAGAACAAAUUGCUGAGGAACCAACGUGAUGAGGCACAGAAAGUGUACUUGGAUAUGGCAGACCAGCGCCUUGAGGCUCAAACAGCCAUGUUUCAAAUCCUUGACAUCAUUGGCAAGAGUGAAUGGCGCAAAAAGCAGUCAUCAGACAAGCUGACUGAUGAUGCCUGGAAGCUCUCUGAGGACUGCCAAGCAAGGGCCAGAGCCCAAAUGGACAAACUGGAGAUGGCCACAGAUCGGGAUAUGAGGAUCACCAAAGAAGAGAAUGAUGUGGCCAUGAAUGACAUGAGUGCUUCCUCACAGUUGGAAGAUACUACGAACCAGUUUAAUCGCCAGAACAAACAGUUCGUUAGAGAUAUCAAGAAUCGCCAGGCCUACUUGGCUGGUGAAACCAAAACCAAAGAAGAUUUUGUCAAAGCCACCAAGCUGGUUGUUGCCAUGUUGAAAAAAGAGUGCAACGACAAGGAUUUGAUUGCCAAAGUUGAGAAGACUGCAGCGCUCAGCUAAGUUGCGACGACAAUUGACUUCCCUGCGUUGGAGAGGGGGCAGUUUGAAAUUGCUCCCUGGGUCCACGCUUUUAGAUUUUCCCAAGAUUCGUGUUGCAAAGACAAGGAUCACCCGGUCAAGUUUCCUGUUUCCUGGAUACUGAAUUGUUCUUUUUAAAAGGAAAGCUCCUUGUAUUUGGUGUCAAAACCACUUCGUUAGACUAAAAUGGAGCUAUUAUUAGCGCAAUGCACAUUACACAGUG